AUGGACAACUACGUGGAGGUAAUCUACAACAGUCUGACGUCCGAUUUGGCCAAUACUACUACUACCAAUGACAACACCAAUCACACGACGAGUUCGAAAGAGAGUGGCAAUCAUCAACCCAUCUGGAGAAGUUUCGACAAUCAGAGUCAAAAGAGCGAAAGUUCCUCCUCCUCCAAGGGCGCAGCUACCUAUAUUACCCACUCGGUUGACGAAAGCAUGUUCGACGCUACGACAAGUCAAGCCUCGCCACCGACAUCCGUUCGAGCCAAACAGGAAAAGGAGAUUUUCGACAAGGCACGCCAGUAUCUUCAUCCAGGAAUAUUCUUUCGGUACUUUACGUUUCUCUAUGCGGAACGAAAGCUGUUGACGUUCUUUUGGGUACACUUUGUGGCUACUCUCGUCGUUUGGGGUCACUUUGCCAUGCAAAAGUUUGAUCAGCAAACCAACACGGUCCCGGAGGGAGCUAAUCGGUACUGGUGGAAGGUCAUGGUACCCACGCUCGAGUUUGGAGCCAUGCAUGCCAUUCUCUUUCAAAUGGCACUGAUACCACUCACGAUGAGUCGAUUUUCCAUUUCGGCACUUUCCGAGAGUGUCAUUUCGCGAUUUGUUCCCAUGAACCGAAUGCUACGAAUUCAUAUCCACCUGGGAUACAUCAUGGUCAUUUUAGUUUUCAUAUCGACCCUGCUCUUUCUGACCUUUUUUGGACUCCUCUGUGGGGAUGGAGAGCAAGCGUUUUGUCGCAAAAUGAGAAGUGAAAUCAUGAUAACUGGCUAUGUCAUCAUCGCGUUCAUGCUCAUCCUGGGAAUCACGUCCUUCAACCGGCAUAACAUGCCCUACGAAGUCUUUUACGGAAUUCAUCACUUGGUGUUUAUCAUUUACAUUCUCACAAUCAUUCAUACGUUCGACGGAGAACAACGCAGCGGAGCCAAGGAACGAUCGCAGACCUUCAAAUGGUUCAGUUCGACUCUGCUCUAUUACUUUUGUGAUCGAGCCGCCAUGGCGCUCAAUCAUCGCUACAAGACACCACUGGUAGCCAGCAGUGUGGUACAGGACAAUGGUGGAUCGAAAAUGGUCAUUUUGAGGCUACGACGACCGGUCCUGUUCCAUUUCAAACCGGGACAAUACGCACAGCUACGAUUGCCAGAGAUUGACCGGCAUUGGCAUCCCUUUAGCAUUGCAUCGGGGCCCGGCAGUGCCUGCCUUGAAUUCUACAUUGAGGUCUUUGAUAAGAAAGGCGAAGAGCCUUCCACCUCGUGGAGUCACAAGCUUUGGGAGUUGCUCCAGACACAAGUGGAGGGCGAUGGAAGAAGGAUCGAGUUUGAAGUCAUGGGGCCGUACGGGACCGCUCUCGCCAAGACGGAAAACUUUUCCCAUGCCAUUGCGAUUGGCACGGGAACGGGGAUUGUCCCGGUUCUGUCUCUCUUUAAGCAGCAUGUACGACAGCUGCUUCGGUUGGAACCUGAAUCAUUUCUACGAACAUUGGAAGAACGACAAUCCAAGAUUAUUGAACUAGAAUGCGCCGAAGAUGAACGCAAGGGAUCAAUCGCUGCGAUUGCGUCGCGACCUUGCUGUGGAGACUACUUGUUCUUGGAGCAGGAUCCUUUGUGUGCACAUGAUGACGACGACGACAAUGCCGAGGAUGAUGAUGACAUGUCGGUUUCCAAACGAGCUCAACGUCGCCGAACCUUGCGGCACAGCAUUCAUCGACAUGGCGAACUUAGUCGAUGGGGUGAUGUGCGAGAGAACAUGAUCAACAUGAAGCAUGCCGCCUUUGCGGAAACACGAUCAAUUUAUGGAGUUGUCCUGUUGUCGGCCUUGCCUGUGAUGGGCGUAGCGCUGUUUGGGUUAACAAUUUCCUGGAAUACGUGCAACUUUGAACUACGCUACGGCAUGAUUGAGUCUCUGCAGGUACUGACAGUCAUCUUUCAGGCUUUCUUUGCCUUUGUGGCUUUCUUUAUCUGGGAUGGCUCUCAGUUCUUUGCCCUUAUCGAUGCUGUCGUCUGCGUCAUUGCACCCUUUGCUGAUUGGUACUGGUUUCUACAAUACGCCAAGUACGAGCAACUGACUCCCUCCGAAGUUACCCUUUACUGCAUCUUGGUUGGAUACAUGACGGCUCGGCUUUGGAGUAUGGUGGUACGGCCUCGUCAUCGAUCUUGGAGAAGCAAUUUAGCCCAAGACGACGGAUUUGGCGGGACACUGGACCGUUUGGAGCUUGUCUGGGUCACCCGAUCGGCCUCGUUAGUUUCAAAGAUUAUGCCUGAAAUUCAUGUGCUUUGGGAUACGCUGGUAGCAGAGUGGGGCAGAGAAAACGCAGCCAAAGUGUGCCGCAUAUCCAUCCACGUUACCGAUGCCGAUGAGGACGCCUGCGAUAUCCUGCGGCAAGAGUUUGCCGACUUGGACCUGUACCGUGCUGGAGCCGUUCGUUUUGGGAGACCUGACUUUUGCGAAGUGAUUGAACAACACACGUUGGACAUGGUUGCGACUCGCAGCAAGUCAUAUUCCUUGUUGGCCUUUUGCGGGUCUACACCGCUGGCACAAGAGAUUCACGCCCACAAAAUUUCCAAUGACAUGGUAGCUGGUAUUACGGGUAACAAGCACCAUCAGAUGGAGUAUGUGUCCGAAAGCUAUGGCGGCUACAAGUCAAGAAAUGUCAGCAGCGACACCAAAAGACCCAAGAACUCUUCAAGUGGGUUCUUGGGCUUGAACAAGAGACGAUCAGUUCGCUAUGCCAACUUCUAG